CCAACGGAUGUGAGGUAGGGCGCCAGCCGCGACCUUUGAAGGAAAGAGGAAGUGUUCGGUCGUCGCGGAGCCGUAGGAGAGCGGCUGGGCAGAGGGAACGCUAUGUCCGCGGAAGUCCCGGAGGCGGCCUCGGCGGAGGAGCAGAAAGAAAUGGAAGAUAAAGUGACUAGUCCAGAGAAAGCUGAAGAAGCAAAAUUAAAAGCAAGGUAUCCUCACCUGGGACAAAAGCCUGGAGGUUCAGAUUUUUUAAGGAAACGAUUGCAGAAAGGGCAAAAAUAUUUUGAUUCUGGGGAUUACAACAUGGCAAAAGCAAAGAUGAAGAACAAGCAACUUCCUGCUGCAGCCCCGGAUAAGACAGAGGUCACUGGUGACCAUAUUCCCACUCCACAGGACCUUCCUCAACGGAAACCAUCCCUUGUUGCUAGCAAGCUGGCUGGCUGAUUAAAAGAGCUGACCUGCAUGAAUUUUCUAAUUCCCAUUAUUUCUCCUCAUAUGUUACUUAUCCACUUUUUAUUCCUUUCAUUCACUAAGUCAUUUAAAUGAGACUGACGGCUUUGCAGGUAGCGAUAGUGUGUGCUGCUAUUGUAAGGGAAUAUAUAUGUGUAGAGGUUUUGAUUAGUUUUAACAGUGCACUGAUGAAAAGGACAUGUUAGAGCAACAUAAGUAAUCUACUUGAAAAUAUUUGUAUAUAUUACCUAACUCCUAAUAUAGGUUCCAAAAAGUAAUAAGCAAAUUUUACAAUUUUAAUGUUUUGCCUUCUUCGCUUAUCUUAAUUAUAGCUGUGUAUGUUACUCUUAUUUAAUGUAACCUCUGUAUUGAUUUCUUCUGUAUUUUCCUUCUGGAUUUUGUCAAACAGAAGUUUAAGCCACAAGUUUGAAGAAGGAUCACAAAUUCAAAUGAAAAUAGGAGGGGCUUUGAAAGAUUUGUAUAAGUGUGCUUGAACUUGAAUGGCCUUAAACCUGUUUCAGCUUUAACAAUAGAAUUUUACUUGGGCAAUAUUUGCCCAUUCUGGUGUAACUUACGUGACUUCAGUGCUUAACAGCUGCCAUUGAAGCUAGUAUUCUUAUUUAGUUUUGUAGUGUUAAAUACCUUUCAUUGUUGAAGAUGUGAAUGAAGUAUGCAUGUGCAUCAACUGUUGAAUUCACUUUUGUGCCAUUUUUGUAAAUACAGUAGUUUUGCACAACCUUUCAUAAAUGUCUGUAUUAAUUUCACAUAUUAGAAAGUAGAUAAUGUGCCAUCGAGAAGCACAAGAGUUCCUCCUACACAAAAAAAUAUGUCCUUAUAGCUUUUAUAUAAUAAGAGUAGUUUACAAUCUUGGGCUUAUAGAAUACCAAACUGAAUUCUUCAUCUUCACUCAGUCUGCCGUAGAAUUAAGCUUUUACAAUUGUUACUAAUAUCCAUGACAUUCAGUGGCCUUGUGCAAAUAUGAUAUGUUGCUUAGGCAUAUCUUUUGUCCUAUGCAGAUCUCGUUUUGUCUUUUACGAAAAUUGCAGUUCAUAUAAUUUAUACACACUUUUUUUAAGUAUACAGACUUUUUACUUCCACACUUAACUUUGGAGACACUAGAGUAAAAGGCUUUCCAUAUUCUGCCUUCUGUUUUCUUCUCCUCCCUGCCCCACCACCCAACUUUUCUUGUCUGUCUUUGCUUCUUUUGACUAUUUGGGCUAUUUAGUUUAUAUGAUAGCAUAGGCAUCUGUAGCCUUACUCUUUUUAAUUUGCUGUGCUGAAUGCUGUAUUUUAUAACACAAUAAUGGUGUUUUCCCUCUUUCAUUUCUCAGUUGUUAACUUACCACUUAACCCUAUUAUUAUUAUUGGCAUUUAACAAUUGUUUAAAUAAAAAUUUUAUAAUGAAACAAAUAGUUGAGAGAACUGGCCCAGGAAUCUGUCAGAUUGAAUUAAAUUCAAGUAAUUAUGAUGAACUAAGAAUUAGGCUUGUGACGAGUAACAUACAUGAUAGCUAAGAUUUAUUCAUAUGAAAAACAUUUAGAUAGUUGCUUCUGAGAUGUCACUUUAAUAAAAUAUGAAUUUAAUUUUACUUGUGGUUCAUCCAGUUAGAACUUUAACACUUUAUUAGGACAGGUUUACUGUUGUCUUAGAGCUCUUCCCACAAGCUGUAAUAUGGUAGCAGGAUAAUGAGGAUUGCUAGACAGAACUGAUACUAUUUUUCUCUUCAUCUUUGACUUGCACAAAUCCUCUUUUGGAUCCAGGCAUCUUUUCUAGGUCUUGGCUUCAUUUGUAACUGCUUUUCUGUGAUGCCAAAUCAUAGUAGAUGGUGCCUUGAACAUAGCACCUGUGCUUAAAGGCUAAUUGCCUUCCUUCGCCACCCACCCCAAAGGCAGAAAAGCAACAAAAUCAGUACUGUGUUCAUUUGUAAUUUUAAGGAUCAAUGAUAUAUAAAUAUAUGAAUAUAUUUGUAAUGAGACCAAGUAUGUUAUUCCAUAGUAUGUAAACUUAUACUAUAAGAUCCAUUUAAGAAUUUUUAAAUAGCCCUAAAUAGAAUUUCUAUUAUAGUUAGUCCUUUUUUUUCCAUGAACAUUUGCAAGCUAUCACCAUUAAAUCCAAACAUCAAAAAGAUUAAUCUGAAAGAUCAGAGAGGCCAUGUUAUUCCCAACCAUGAUAGAACUCUUGUAGUUUGUGACAAGUGACAUAACAUCUGCUUGAGUUUUAGUUUGUAAAAUACGAUAUUUAACCUACCUCAAAACUUGUUGAGGAUCUGUGAAAUACUGAGUAAGUGCCCAAAAAUAAAAUAUUGUUGAUUGUCUUUUUAUUAAAAGUAGUUACUCAUUAAACCAACCUGCCUUCUGUAAAGUCACAGUGCUUAAAAUCUCAGGAUUUCCCAUUAGGAAAGACCUGUCAUUAAGGAUUUGUAGAUAUAAUUAAUUGCUUAGCUUCCAUUGGUGCUUGGGAUAGAGAGGUUUUAAAUUUUUCUAUUUUUUGUUCUGCCUCAAAUCUCAGUUUAUUGAAGCAUUUUGCAAGCUCUUUAAUCACUGCUUGAAUGAAAAUUUUGAUGAGAUGAGCUUAAUUUCUACUUUUUUGAAGUCGUGGUUUGAAAAGUGACUAAUUUUAAUCAUUGUCCUGUUUGCCAUAAGUUAAUGUUAGAGUAAACUGAAGUUGGAAUUAAAUACUUCAUGAAAAUUGGCUACCAUCUGAAGUAAAUUCCCGUUUCAUGUUCAGUAGCUCUUACUUUUGAUAGUACAGUUUUGACAAACAUUUUGUUCUUGAAGGCUACAUCUAAAAUAGUUAAAGAGUUCUUGGCAAAUUGAAAUAGGAUAGUUUGAUGAAUUGGAAGGAACAUGUUUGUAGUCUUUACAAAAUUGUUGAAUAAUCUUGUGCUGCUGACCUAAAAAUAUGUCUUAACUAUUCAUCAAGGUGGGCCUCUAGAGCCUCUACUUGUUAUUACUUCAGCAGUGAGAAUUAGUUGCUCUUUUUACUUGAUGUAACAAAAGUAUACCUCUAAUAUUUAUUGGUACUUUUUACUAAAUCAAAUUUAUGUUCUUAUACAAUACAAAUAGUGUAAUUUUAUCAAAGUUGAAAUGUAGUAUGUACUUAAAUUGUGCUGUAAAAUUGGUGUUUGGUGAUCAGGAGCAGGUAGUAUAUGGGAAGAGCAUUUCUGAGUGGUCACCAAAGCAGUUUCUCCGGUGGCCUUUUCACAUUCCCCAGCAUAUAAGCAUAUUUCUCCCACUUUUCAUUUCCUCCCUGAAGCCCAUUUUUUUAGAGCUAAUGAAUUAUUAAUCCUUAAUAUCCAUCCCAAUAUGCCAAAAUUUAGGACCUGUCACAUUUUCUAAAACAUCCUAAUCUAGAUAAUGACUAAUAUGAGCCACUGUCCCAACUCAGCAUGCACUGCCAGUCUUCUGUCUUUUUUCCCCAAAUCCCCACCACACCUUAUAAAAUUAGGAUCAAAGGAACUCUAUGAUUGUUGAAUUUAAGGAUAAAAACACCAAUUUGAAUACUUUUUUACUAAUUUCAGCCUUCUGGGUAGGUAGGUCUAUGGAUUUUAUUCUACAAAUCACUGGUGGUCAUGAUGGCCAUUAAUGUAUUGCUUGUAUUCUGUUAUUUAUCAAUUAAAUGGCAUUUGAAAGAAAACAUCUUAUUCCUUUAAUAUUACACCCUCAAAUCUGCUACUGAAUCUCUAGCAUUUGUUGUGCAAUAGGACAUUUUGCCUGUAUUAAAAAGGCCAAGAGUAAAUGCCUUUUUUGUUAAAUGUGUCUACAGAGUUGGCAGUUAAUGCUGAAAUUUGUCAAAUAGCCCUUCCAAAAUUAUACUUGUGAGAUACCAAAAUAAAUAAAUUGAUCUAAUUUCUAUUGAUUGGA